GGCUUUUUCUCAAGAGCGACGAGGAAAGACCGGGAUUCGUUCCUUCAGUCCACUUCCACAGCGUUAAGCUACAACGCGAAGUUUUUCUGCGUCAAUUGCGCGCCGGUGAUUUACUUGCUCAAAUCUCUGUUCCACAUGUUCAUGAACUUUCUGCAAAAGCUCGUCUACUUCCUCUGCAGCUACGAAACCGAGCAGGAAUUGUUAAAAUGGCAGGCGUGGUGGGAGAAGACGUUUCGGCGCUGGUACGAAAACGUGGAGAAAACGAGUGAGCACACCGUGCAUAAAGAGAAGCUGUUGCAUAUGGAAGCGUCAGGAUUGAAAUCGUCAAAGUUGAAAUAACUUGUAAUGCAUAAAAUCGAUACCAGUUGGAAGCCCAAUUUCUAAGUGGUGCAUGACAAAUUUUCCGAGCACCGGAAUCCAAUCUGUCAUGCUGUUUGGGCACAGACGACUGCUUUUGUCAUGCUACUUUAACGGCUCUACUUCAAACCCUAAACAGGCCGCCAGUCGGCUUCACUUGCCAUCCCGGCAAGACAGGCAAUUCAUGCCUUGCAUUUUAUGCAUGCCAAAUCAUUUCAACAUUGUCGAUUUCAAACCUGACGCUUCGAUAUUGCACUCCCUCAGGUCGGAGAUCUACGACAGCAAGACCCGAUACAGCAUUUACGACGUGUUUGAG